UUCAUGUGCGCACAGGUGCAGGCGGGCAGGUGACCCGUUAUAACUGUCCACUUCGAGGGUAAGGAGGGGAGACUACUGUGUACAUUUCAACUCUGGAGAGAGAUGGGAAGCAGCACAUAUGUAAGGGUUUCAGGAGUAAAGUCAAGGGAAACAGAGCGUCGACUUCUCGACAAAUGGUUUCUUAUUUGACCGUGAACGGGGGAAGUGUACCAGCGCCAGUUCUCUGCAAUGUUUGCUCGGCGGACGGGAAAGCUGAAAUAAUUCAUAAACUAUUACCUUUCUAUACUGUCUAAGUUCUGCUUUCCGCGUUCACUUUGGCCAGAAGUGGAGCGGAUGAGACCCCACUGAACAGGAGACGAACUUCAAAAAGACAACAGACGCCCACUCCCUUUGUAGACAAGUUUGCUAUUUGUCUUGCACAGGGCACGUGCGGUUCAUGUUGGGCAAUGGCGAUGUCUGGGAGAGUCCGAGCGCUCCUGUUAUUGUUAUGGAUUUUUCAAGGUGACUCCCAGCGGGUGGAGAUGCCCAGGAGAGAGAUGGAGGUGGUGAAGGGUCAGAUGGUGGUCCUGCAGGCCUGGUACAGCCCUACAUCUGAUAUCGGCAGGAACAGUGUCAUCUGGAACUUCAUGGCCAACGACUCCAAGCAGGUCAUCUCCUACAGUAACGGUGAGCCAGGGAUAGGUAGUCCUGAGUUCAGGAAGCGUGUUGGGUUCAGCCUGUCCAUGCCCUCGGCCAAUCUCUCCAUCUACAUCAACAACACCCAGGAGUCAGACUCAGGACGAUACCUCUGCAAUGUCAUCAUCCCCGGAGCCGCCGGACUCUCUGGAGAAAUGCGCCUUAAUGUCAAAGUCCCUCCCUCGCCUCCAGUGUGCUUGAUGACUGGGUCAUCUGUGCUGAACGGAAACGUGACACUGAGCUGUAAGUCCAGCUCGGGCAAACCCAUCCCUCAGUACAAGUGGACCAAGAAUGCCCCCAUGUCAGAGGUCUUCUUUUCCCCCAUGCAGAAAUGGAGAGCCUGCCCCUCGACCUUGCUUGUUCUAGGGUUCAUGGAUGAGAGGCAAGGCACCCUCAGGCUGAGUAACCUCACUAAGAGCAUGUCAGGGAAAUAUGUGUGCCGAGCUAGCAACACUGCCGGUUCUGACACUUGCUCUAUCAACCUGGAGGUCUUCACCUCCUCUAAUGCUGGAGCGAUUGUUGCUGCUACUCUGGGGUCCAUCGUGGCACUGGUAGCCAUCAUACUCUUCCUCAUCUUCAUACUGAGGAGGAGAGACCAUGAAGAGGAGGAGCUAGCCAAUGAUAUCAAGGAGGAUGCCCAGGCACCCAAGCGUGUUUCCUGGGCAAAGAGCGGCACAGGCUCAGACCUCCUCUCCAAAAAUGGCACGCUGUCCUCCAUAGCCACGACCCCGCAUCUACGAGACCCCCAGCAGCCCAACAACUUCCGCUACCCCUACCCCACUGCUCCGGCCUCUGACACAGGCUCUGUGUUCAAUGCCUACCGCCUUCGGCCUGGAGAGCCCAACCCCUUGCAGGGCCUCCCAGGGUACAUCAGUGGCACACCUCCACCCAGGCACGCCAGACCCCUCUGUGUUGCAAACAACAUUAAUGCCACCUCUCCACACAGGCACAGUCGACCCCCCAGUUCUAACCACAUCAGUGGGACUCUACCCCCUGGCCACACCCGGCCCCUCAGCACUAGUAUCAUUGUUGACACCCCUCCCCAUGGGUUCAGUCAACCCCCCAGUCCUAACCAUGUUGGUGUCACCUCUCCACAUGGGCACAGCAGACCCCCUAGCUCUAACAUUGGUACCCCCUCCCCACAUGGGAACAGUCAACCCCCAAGUUCUAACAAUAUCGGUGCCCCCUCUCCACAUGGGCACAGCAGACCACCAAGCUCGAACCACAUUGGCGGUAGCGCUCCACACAGGCACAGUCGACCUCCCAGUUCCAACCACAGCCGACCUCCCAGCAUCAGUAGCAUUCCUCACUAUGGACACAGCAGAACCUCCAGUUCCAACGGUGCCCCACCCCACUCCCCACCUGGCCACAUGGUCACAGACCCUGACAAGACUGAGGGGGCCCAGCCCCAGGUGCCACACCCUCUCACCUCGCCAAUCAGCUCCACCACCCUGGCCCGUAUAGGUGCUGUGCCCGUCAUGGUGCCCGCUCAGAGCCAGGCUGGAUCACUGGUAUAGCCCACUGGAAUGUCUCACGUUUUACUUUUGAACACAAACUGAAGCAAAUGGAUAAAGACUUCCUCAAAGUAAGACUGUAUAGAGGAGAGAAGGAUUUGCUACAAAUUAAAAUAACUUUUUAUUGCAGUUGUUCAAAGUAGAAUGAAGAACUCAUGCUAAAGAAGACAAAUGAGAAAUUAUGACACUUGUGGAAUUGACUGUAUUCAAGUCUGCACAAGUUCAAAGACUUGUUUUAGCUGUUUUCAAAUACCAUGAUCAGAGUCUUUAAGGUUAAAACAAAGCCUAUUCUCUAAAACAUUGUUUGUGAAUCCAUAUAUUUGACUUAGUCGUGGCCAAAAGUUUUGAGAAUGACACAAAUAUACAUUUCCUGCUUCAGUGUCUUUGGAUAUUUUUGUCAGAUGUUACUAUGGAAUACUGAAGUAUAAUUACAAGCAUUU